AAAAGUAAUUAUUUUUUAUUUUUUAUCUUAUUUCAUCUGCAUGUCAUGCGAUUCAAACUGAGAAUCCCUUAUUUUUAAUAAAAAAAUACUAAAUUACUUAGAUAAUUGGUAUAAAUAUAUAUAUAUAUAUAUAUAUAAUUUGUAAAACUUCUUAGGAAAGAACAUGUCAUGUUAGUUACCCCACCAACAUGUCCGAUCUUUUCUUUCUCAACAGAGGUGUAUUUGAAUGGAAGAGAGCGAAGCUACAAGGUCAUACAAAGGACCCGCUGCCUGGUCCGUACGUUAGCGCGUAAUGUCACAAUUUAAUGCGCGCGGGUAGGCCAGGGCGUGUUGGUGAAAUUGGGAUGAAGACCGUGUGGCCCUGUGGAUUUGUUGUUUUUGUGCCCUUUGAAGAGAUAAGGAGUUCUAUCAAAAUUUUUUGUUUCUUAGUUUGGGAUGGUAACAACUAACAAGUGGAAUUGCCACAAAAAUUUUGAGAGGGAUGGGUGGAAAUAUAGAUUAGUUUUUAUAUUGGCAAAAAAAAAAAAAGAAAAAAAGAAGGGAUUUUUGUUCAGACAACCAUAGCAUUAGCAUAAGAGAAAGAAAGAAGGGAAGCCAAAAGUCUAUGACUAUGGUUGUCUGACUAUUUUUUUCUUUUCCCCCGUUUAGGUUGAAAAAAAAAGAAGGGAAUUUCGAAAUAUAUGAUGGGUUCUAUUUGAAAAUGAGAGUGCAUAACAAGAAUGCAAGUUAGUAGCUGCCUUUCAGCCUGUUUUCUUUGUAUUCAAGCAACUAUGAAUGUUGUAGGGAAAAUGAAAAACUGACAUUUUAUGGAAUGGGCUCACAUACCAGACCCAUCAUCCUGCAGCUAUUUUUAUGUCAAAUUCAGAUGAUGCAGUCCUCUCAUGGCGUGGGUUGUGGGCUCUUCAGACAUAUCAGCUGGCCUGCAUACUACUAGACCCAACUUUUAUUCCAUUCAAUGUCUUUAAGUUCUGAUUGGGUACAAAUUUGCUAAGAAAUCACUGGGCUUUAACUAGUAUAAUCUGAUGGGGUUCUCUUCUUCAAGUUCCAACCCAUUUUUUUGGCCCCCUGGAUCAGAACCUAGUAUUUCCACUCAAAAUAUUUGGGCCGAAAUAAGAGUCCAAUAAGCUUCAAAGGUAAAGACCCAACAAGAAAAUUAUCUGUUGUGGUUGACAAACUAUUUUAAGUAAAUAUGUAUAUUUUGUUGUUUAAAUUAUAUCAAAUUAUAAAAUAAAAAUUAUUAU